CGCGUCCACCCAGGAGUUCCACGCCCAAGGAAAAUCGGCCGCCAUGUCCGCUGACCUCGCGGAAUCGAAAUUUAGCAUCCCUGUGGAUAGCGAAAACAAGGCGAAGAGCCUCAAUAUCUUCUCCUUCAACUUCCCUCACCAUGCGUCCUUCCACAUGUCCUGGAUGGGCUUCUUUGUGUCUUUCGUGUCGACUUUCGCUGCGGCGCCCAUGAUCGCCAUCAUCAGAGAAGACCUCGAACUCACAAAGCCUAACCUCGGAUCCGCCGGCCUCGCCGCCGUGACCGGUACGAUCGGCGCACGCGUCCUCAUGGGCUCCGUCUGUGACGUCGUCGGGCCCAGGUACGGCCUGUCCAUCGUUCUGCUGCUCUCUGCCCCGUUCUGCUUCUGCAUGUCCUACGUCACAUCCGCCGCCGGCUUCCUCAUUUGCCGCAUGGGAAUCGGGCUCGGCCUCGCCACGUUCGUGGCCUGCCAGUUCUGGAUGUCGUGCAUGUUUAACGGCAAGUGUGUUGGUCUCGCUAAUGCCACUGCUGCUGGAUGGGGCAACCUUGGCGGCGGCGUGACUCAGUUUCUGAUGCCUCUGAUCUUCCGUGGCAUGACUUCGGCGACUGAGGGACGCAUCUUUUCCGCGUGGCGAUGGGCUUACCUAGUGCCCGGCCUUCUCCACACCAUCAUGGGCGUCGCUGUGAUGUUUAUCGGCCAGGAUCUUCCUGACGGCAACUUCAAGUUCCUUCACACCUCUGGACAGCUCGAGAAGAAGUCUGCUGCCACGACCCAGUACCUCGGAAUCACUAACUACCGCAUGUGGUGCAUGGUUGCGACGUAUGGUUUCUGCUUCGGUGUCGAGCUCACUAUGAACAACAUCGUGGCAUCGUACCUGUAUGAUCAGUUCGAGCUUGAUCUUGUCACGGCUGGUACCCUCGCUUCUUGCUAUGGCCUCAUGAACAUCUUUGCCCGAUCCGUCGGUGGUUUGAUGUCUGACUACAUGUCGGUCAAAUUCGGAAUGCGCGGCCGACUUUGGACUCUCUGGGUCGUGCAGACGCUCGAGGGUAUUCUUUGCGUCUUCAUGGCUCUCGCAAAGGACAGCCUCGCGACCACCAUUCUGUUCAUGGUGCUUUUCUCCAUUUGCGUGCAGGCCUCCGAGGGUGCUUCGUACGGUAUUGUUCCAUACAUCACGCGUCGCGCUCUCGGCGUCGUGUCAGGCUACAUCGGAGCUGGCGGCAACGCGGGAUCCACCAUCUGCAUGGCACUGUUUUUCACGUCCUCAUCAAUCGCUGUCUACGAAGGCAUCAUGUACAUGGGAUUCACUAUCAUCGGCGUCACGCUGCUCGUCGUCCCCAUCCAUUUCCCGAUGUGGGGUUCCAUGUUCUUCCCUGGGGAUCCCAACGUCUCCGAGGAGGAUUACUACAUCGCGAGAGAAUUCAACGAGGAGGAGAUCAAGGAGGGCCUCGCCCUUUCCGUGCAGAAAUUCUGCCAGAACUCUUAUCAGGAGCGUGCUCCUAGCAUGCGACCAGUGGAGUCAAGCGAGGCGAAGGUCUAGAUGUUUCAUAACAAAGUCUUCUCGCUGAAUGAGGACCAAUCAUUGUUGGAUGGGAUGAGUAGAAAGCAUGUUUUUAAGAUGACUGUAGACCCGUCCUGUG